UCCCAACCUUGCUAACUUAUAUAAUUUAGAUGGCAUCUCAAGAUCACCUGAUCACACUUUUUCUGAAAGUGUAACUGCUGUUCUGAUAAUAUCUAUUUUCAAAAUAUAUGUGUCUUGUAUAUUAUGUGCAUGCCGCAUGACAAUAUUGUUUUUGAUGUUAAGGAAAAGUAAUUGUAAAUUAGAAUAUAUUAUUUACCUAUUACAUAAGAUAUCAAAAUAGGAAUAUUAUUUCUGAUCAGUUUUUAAAACUGAUAGCAGUUAGUAAAAAAAAUAAACAUGAAGCAAUACUCACAUAAUAUUUAUGACAUUUUCCAAGUUUUAAGAGGAACUAAGUCCUGUCAUAGAAAAAGACAACAAUGUGACUAAAAUAUGUAAAUAUUUUACAAUUUUCCAGUUAUAUUUAGUUAUAAUCAUAAAUAGGUAAGUAUAAUAUAUUCUUAUAGACUAUAGUUACAACGGAUGUAACUUAUAAUAUCACUUUAAUUACCCAGAAGAAGUCAUUGAUAUAGAUAAAUCUCAAAUAUAGAAAAUUGGAUUUUGUGUUAUGCUUAGUUGUAAAAUUAAAAUAUCUAUUGCUGUGUGUGAAUUAUAAAUUAUUUAAUAAAAACAAAUUAAUGAAAUAGCAUAUUUUGGUGACUUCUGGAAUUUUGGUUAAGAAUGUAGUUAAUAUAUAUUAUUACAUAUGCCAAAUCUACUGAAUUAUCAUAUAUACAGGUUGUCGAAUGGCUCAUAGUCAUGUAAACAUUUAAAAAUCCUCGCAGCGCCUAUCGUGACUGCGACGUCACCCGUCGUACACAUUUUGAGACGGUGCAUUGUUAUGCAUGGCGAUUGGCGGUUUGUAAUAUUUUUCGUUCUUUUGAAGUUUUACACAAUAUUAUUACGAAUUGUUACUGUAUCUGCAUUGUAUACUUGUAUGGUAUAAGUUGAGCACUUAUUUGAAUGAAUAAAAAUUAUGCAUUUAUUGUUAAAACCCCGAAAUCUUCGUCAAUUUGUAAGUAGGUAGUAGCUACUACAGUAUAUAAUCAGCCCUGAAAUCCAAUUGCGCCAUUUUUGUACAAAACUAAUUGUAAAUCGUAAUAUUCCUUAUUUAUAAUAAAUGAAGGUAUACAUAUUUUCUGUGACAUUAAAUUGACCAAUAUAACCAUAUUAUAUUAUAACCCAUAAACAUUGGAUAAUAGUAUAAAUAUUAAAAUAUAAUACUAUUAUAGUAAUAAUAUAAAUUAUAAUAGUAAAUAGUUUAAUUAUCUAUAGCCGUGUCCUAUAGUAAGGCACUAUAGAUAUAGUACAAUGUAUAAACUACAAAUAUUAUAGUAUAUCCAAUGCUCUAUAAUAUAUAAAUUGUUUACUUCUAGCCUAAGGUUCUAGCCAGUGCCCAGUAGCCACGGUUUAAAAAUGUUAUUUAUAUAUUUAAUUCGUGCACCUAGCCACAUCGGGUACAUACUACAUCGUGUCACACAUAUAUAAUUCUGUGAUAUAUAUAUAUCAGCUGUGAUUUCAACACAUUUUUAUCAGUAAUAGUGAUAAGAAGUUUGAAGUGUUUGAACAAAAAACAGUUCAAAUUCAAAUCAAAACCAAAUCAUAGUCAAUUUCAGUCGUCUUCCGUAAUCAAAGGAUACCCCAACCGUAUAUUAUUCCUUAUUUUCUCUACCCAUUUAAUAUGUCUUCAGCUGAACCUAGUCCGCAGCACAUAUCUGCACUUAGGAAAUAUUUUGGACAUUCUACAUUUCGGUCCAUGCAAUGGGAGAUCAUAUAUUCAGUUUUAGAACAAAAAAGAGACGCAUGUGUGGUUAUGUCCACUGGUUAUGGAAAAAGUCUUUGCUACCAGUAUCCAGCAGUUUAUAGCAAAGGCUUAACCAUAGUUGUUUCCCCAUUAAUAUCGUUAAUGAAGGAUCAAGUGCUCUCCCUUGAGAUGGCCAAUAUAAAAGCAUGUCUCCUAGGUUCGGCGCAAACAUCUAAGGCUGAUGCUUUGAAUAGUCUUUUUUCUGGAGAUGUUAGAGUGUUAUAUAUAACUCCAGAAUGGAUAGCCACUGAUUCAGCAAAACAAACUUUACAAGACUUACAAACAAAAAUCAAAAUAGUCGCUGUUGCUAUUGAUGAAGCACAUUGUGUCAGUCAAUGGGGUUUUGAUUUUAGAUCUUCUUAUAGGAAUUUAGGGAAAUUACGCAAGAUACUACCCAAUGUCCCAAUCAUGGCGCUAACAGCCACUGCUACACCAAUUGUACGCAAAGACAUUUGCAACUCAUUGAAUCUCAUAAAUCCAAAAUAUGUAUGUACAGGAUUUGAUAGAAAAAAUUUAUAUUUUGAGGUAUCUAAAAAAACAAAUAUAUUUUUUGACUUGAAUAAAUUCAUGAAAAAAGAUGGGCUGAAAAUGUUUUUUGAAGGAGCCACGAUUAUCUACUGUCCUACAAAAAAACAGACUGAAGCUGUUGCACAAGAAUUAAAAUCUAAUAGAAUAGAUUGUGAAGUUUAUCAUGCAGACAUUCCAUUGAACAAAAGAAACACUGUUCACGAAAAUUUUGUUAAAGAUAAAUUGCAAAUUGUUGUAGCUACAGUGGCUUUUGGAAUGGGAAUCGAUAAACCAGAUGUAAGACGUGUUAUUCACUACGGAGCACCUAAAGACAUUGAAUCAUACUAUCAAGAAGUUGGUCGAGCAGGGCGAGAUGGUUUGCCAGCUAUUUGUCAUGUAUUCUACAAUGAGGCUGACAUUGUGCUCAAUAGGCAUAUAAUGCUUUCAAACCUCACAAAUGAUACAUACCGCUCACAUAAAGAAAAAAUGGCUAAGGUCAUCGAACAAUACAUGGAGACUAGAUUAUGCAGACGUCAAUUAUUAUUAUCCUAUUUCGAGGAUGUCUCUUCGUCUACUAAAUCUGAUACUGCCAUCAUUAGAGAAAACUGCUGUGAUAAUUGUACAAAUAACAAAAAGACUGACAAAUUACAACCUGAUAAUGAUGUAGAUUUAACUGAAGAUAUACAAUUAUUGUUAAAAUCUGCACAAGCACUAGGUGGUUAUUUUGGACUGGUGGCAAUAGUAAAUUUCAUUUGUGGUAAAAAAAAUGAUAAAUUAUCUAAAUAUACAGUCCAUCAAUUGUAUGGAAAAGGGAAUUAUAACACAGAAACUUUUUGGAAAGCACUAGGUAAAUUGUGUUUGAGAGAAAGUUUACUGCAACAAAACCCUUGUACUUCGUUCAAAGAAGGCAACAAAUUUUCUUUUCCCAUCAGUACUGUUGCAGUUUCAGACAAAGGAUAUGAAUUCAUAAAAUAUGGAAAGAAAUCAGGUAUUCUAAUAGACCCUUCUUUGGAUGUUUUAAAAAUGUUUAAAUCUAAAUCAGCAAUUAAAUUAAAUGGUGUUUGCAAGGUUAGUGGUACCUUAGAUAUAAAACUGAAGUAUCUGCAUGAAGAAAAAGUAUCUCAAUGUAUACCAAGUACACAGAAUUACAGGCCCCAACAAGUGACCGAGAAUACAGAGUUAGAAAACACACUAUACUCAACAUUGGUUAUGUAUAGAACCACAUUGGCUCAACAAUCAGACUGUAUGCCUUAUAUGAUUGCAAGUAAUAAAUUGUUAAUUGAUGUGGCAAAAUUAAAACCUAAACAUGUAUCUGAAUUAAAAAAUGUUGAAGGGUUUACUGAAGCUAAAAUUGAUCGUUUUGGUCAAGCAAUAGUAGAUAAGGUGAUAGAAGUUUGUAAUAAAUAUCCGACAGAAUCGAAGACUGAGAGUGUAAAUCAGAGCAAAACUAAUAACUCAAAUUCUAGUGUGUGUGACGAUUUUUGGGAUGAAUGUGAUGAUUCCAUCUUCAGUGAAAUAUGUGAUACAGAUGAAAUACAAAAUUUUAGUGUUGAUAGAAAUAUAGAAAUUAAUGAAGUUCAUAGUAAUUUAAUUCUAAAAAGUGAUGAAAACCCAACUAAAAGAAAAUAUUGUGCUACGGAAUCAAAUGAAUUGUGUGAAGAAAAAAUAACAGAACACAAUAAAACUAUGAUUAAAAAAUUAAAAAAUAACUCUCUGUUUAGAUUUUAAAAGACUGACAUUUAAAGCACAAUCAUUAAUUAGGUCAUUGUAAUAUAUUUUUCAUACCCAAACCAUAAGUAAUUAUUUUGUUUAUAAGGCAGCAUUUAUUAAUUAUUAUGUAAUAUUUAUUUUGUUUUACUUAACAACUGAUAAGUCAUUCCAUUUUGAUUAUUUAAAUUAUGUAUCUAUCUAUUUAUUAUACUAUUACGGUUUAUUUAUAUUAAAAUAUAUUUUUUUAUAAAUAAUAUAAUUAUUCAUAUUGUCAAAGUAUCAAAGACUAGUAGUAUUAUACUGUAAAGACUUUCCAAUGAGUUCAAGAAUUGCAUCCAAAGAUAUAAGAAUCAUGUAUCAACAUUCAACAAUUAAAAUAGUGUUAUGGUAGAUUUAGGGUAUCUUGAUUCUUGUGAAUAUUGUGAUCACUGAUCAUGUUUCUUAAUAAUAAAAUUUCAUGGUUAUUUA